GGAGUUUAGACACAUGUGACAAAGGCAAGGGUGGCGCAACAGUGCGCUCUGCCGUUCAACAAAAAUAUACUCGGGACCUUUCUUGAUGUGAAACAGUCAAGCUGUUUUCGGUGGAUACUUUUUCUUCAUCCAGACUCUUUAUUCUUUAUUUAGCUCAACAUGAAUGCUUAUGCAGCCUGUACUUCAUCGUUAAAGUCUGUUUGCUAAAGAGCUUUCUGUUACUAGACGGGUUGCCUGAAAUCUAUGAUGGGAACAAGGGUUUUAUCUAAUGCGUAUUAUAGCUGUUGUUGCUUAUGCUAUGCUUUGCGGUGGGUUUGAGUUGACAGCUCUGUGUGGCGGUAUUAUUAAAAAACUACAAUAACUCAUCCAACUGGGUUGCUGUUAUGGGGGAUAACAGGGCCGUAUUAGAAGGAGGCGUUUUAGAAGAAUUGUGUUCAGAUGUCGAGGAAGGACAAGAAGAUGGCUUGGACUUUGGCGAUGAUUUGGAACUUAAUCAGUUCGACGGACUGCCGUACUCUUCACGAUACUACAAGUUGCUAAAGGAGAGGAAGACGCUCCACGUUUGGAAAGCCAGAUGCGAAUUUAUGGAUACUUUGAUGAAAAGCCAACUAAUUGUAGUUUCGGGCCCUGUUAAAACGGGAAAAACUUCUCAGAUACCCCAGUGGUGCGCAGAGUUCUGCCUCUCGCUCCAGUACCAGCACGGCGGGGUGGUGUGCACGCAGAUCCACCGGCAGCAGGCCGUGGACCUGGCCCUGCGCGUGGCCGACGAGAUGGACGUCAACAUCGGCCACGAAGUGGGCUACAGCAUCCCCCUGGAGACGUGCUGCUCCACCGACACCGUGCUCAGGUACUGCACAGAUGACAUCCUGCUCAGGGAGAUGAUGUCGGACCCGCUGCUGGAGCACUACGGCGUGAUCGUCAUCGACCAGGCCCACGAGCGGACCGUGAGCACGGACGUGCUGCUGGGCCUGCUGAAGGGCAUCCUGCUGCAGAGGCCCGAGCUGAGGGUGGUCGUCCUGACCGCGUCGCCCGCGCCCGACCGGCUGCUCGCCCACUACGGCGGCGGCGGCGGCGGCGUUCCCCACGUCCGGCUGGAGGCCCCCUGCCCGGCCGAGGUCGUGUACAGCAACAGCAGCCACCGGGACUACUUCUACUCCGCGCUGCGCCUGGUCCUGGAGAUCCACCACACGAAAGAGCGUGGGGACAUCAUUGUCUUCCUGGCCUCGGCGCAGGAGAUCGACUGCGCUCACGACGUUCUGAGGCAGGAGGGGGCCGGCCUGAGCGCGGAGCUGGGAGAGCUCCUGCCCAUAGCCCUUUGUCCCGCGCAGGGCAGGGGGGUACCACUACUGGGGGAGGAGCAGGGCAAGACCAGGAGGGUCUUUCUCACCUCCAGCCGGGGAGAGGACAUGUUCUGGGCUGUGGACACUGUUAACUUUGUCAUAGAUGUAGGGGUCGAGGAGAGAUACGUCUACAAUCCUCGGAUAAGGGCGAACUCUGUUGUGGUUCGGCCCAUCAGCAAAAGUCGGGCCGAGAUCAGAAAGCAGCUCACAGGCUCAACAGGCAAGUGUUUCUGCUUGUACUCGGAGGAGAUGCAGUUGCCUAGCAACACUCCUCCUCAGAUCCACGAGUCCAACAUCACCCCCACCGUGCUCUUCCUGAAGCGGAUGGAGAUCGCUGGCCUGGGACACUGCGACUUCAUCGACAGGCCAGAUCCCGAAGGCCUGAUGCAGGCCUUGGAAGAGCUGGACUACCUCGCGGCCUUAGACGACGACGGGAAUUUGUCCGAGAUCGGAAUCAUCAUGUCCGAGUUCCCCCUGGACCCGCAGAUGGCCAAGGCUCUGCUGGCGGCCUGCGAGUACGACUGUGUCAACGAGGUGGUGACCAUGGCGGCCAUGUUGACAGGGCCCAGCUGUUUCCUACAGCCACCUGUUGGCAUGAGGCAAGAGGCACAGCAGUGUCACAUGAAGUUCCAGCACCCGGAGGGGGACCAUUUCACCCUGGUGAACAUCUACAACGCCUUCAAACAGAGCCAGCGCGAGCCAUACUUCAGUCUUGAGAAAUGGUGCCAGGACUACUUCCUGAGUUACUCAGCUCUGCAGACAGCUGAUGCCAUCAGGUCGGAGCUGACAGACAUCCUGAGGAGGCUGGAGCUUCCCAUUUCAGAGCCGGCCUUUGGCACGAAGGCCAACACCCUCAACAUCAAGAGAGCUCUGCUGGCGGGGUACUUCAUGCAGAUCGCCAGAGAUGUGGACGGGUCGGGUAAUUACUUCAUGCUGACACACAAGCACGUGGCUCAGGUCCACCCCUGGUCCAGCUACGGGACCAGGGCGCACAAGCUGGGCCUACCGGAGUGGGUGCUCUUCCACGAAUACACCCUCUCGGAGAACAACUGCAUCCGCACCGUGUCCCAAAUAUCCCCCGAGGUGUUCAUCCAGAUGGCUCCACAGUACUUUUUCUACAACCUGCCCCCUAGUGAGAGCAAAGACAUACUGCAGCACAUCCUGGACGGUGCCGGGUCGACACACCGCAACGACAAAAAACAGAAGACACAGACGCUCAGCAGUGAACCUCACAAAGACUGCACAGCAAACCAGUCUUACGAGAGGUGUGUUGUACAGUGAACACAGGCAACAGGAACACUUCAUAGCAGCUACUCUGCACUUGAUCCAGUCUCUACAACCACUGGACUUACGGACUGGCAAUAUAGAAAUGCUUAGGCCAGCUGCCAGACAGACUGCACUGUAUAUGUAAAUGUCUCAGAAUCACAGUCUAGGAGAGAUAUGCAUGAAUAUGUCAAUUAAUACUUUGUUCAGAUGUUUAUAGUUGAGAAACACACACAUGCUUAUAACAACGGCAGUCAUAUUUGUCAAGUGUCUUGUCACUGUCCAUAACAAGUAAGGAUACAGCACAAUGAAUCCUGAGCAUUUAGUGAUGAAAUUGGGGAUUUAUGAACAAAACACUUCCGUAAAACAUUCAUUUUGUUAAUUUGUUAUGCUUGUACAAUAUAUGGAAUAUGUUAAUAGUGGAAAAAUUAAAUUAUUUCAUGUUUAA